AUGGUCCGGAGUUUCCUAUCCUUCGCUGCAUCUCGUUCCUGGCCCUUGUUCCAACUGGAUAUAAAUAAUGCUUUCCUCCAUGGGUUCAUAGAUGAAGAUGUAUAUAUGGAGCCACUGGAGGGUUUACUUGGAGUGCUCCCUUGCUAUGUCUAUAAGUUGCAGAGGUCGUUAUAUGGGCUCAAGCAGGCUUCCAGGCAGCGGAACCUUGAACUCACCAGCAAAUUUGUAAGUUUUGGCUUUGUUCAGUCCAGCCACGAACAUUGCCUCUUCUUCAAGCACAUGACCUUGGAGUUCGCUGCGCUUCUCGUCUCUAAUGUUGACAUUCUACUUACUAGGUCCUCCGAGGUCACCCUUCGAUCUGUCAAGGCAUAUUUUGAUAAGCUAUUCACCAUUAAGGAUCUUGGUCAUGCUAAAUAUUUCCUCGGGCUCGAACUAGCUCGCUCCUUGCAUGGUAUUCAUGUGACGCAACAUGAAUAUUUCCAAGACAUCUUGGCUGAUUCCUCAAUUCUUCAUGCCAAGCUUACCCCAACUCCUCUACCUUCUGGAAUAAAGUUGGUUGCUGAUGAUGGACCGCUACUCCUUGACUCCGGGCCCUACAGACGGCUUGUAGGUCGCCUCUUGUAUCUCAGCUUCACUCGCCCUGAUAUUUCUUUUGUUGUUCAACAACUCAGUCAAUUCCUCCAAGCGCCUCGCACCUCGCAUUGGUCUGCUGCACUUCAUGUUCUCCGGUAUCUUAAAGGUAUUCCUUCCACUGGUCUUUUCUUCUCUUGCUCAGAGUCUGGACAGCUCAGUGCCUACUCUGAUGCCUCUUGGGCAUCCUACCUCGACUCACGCCGUUCCAUCACUAAUUUUUGCAUCUUUCUUGGGUCCUCUUAUCUCUUGGAAGACCAAGAAACAAGCAAGGAUCUUCAGGUCUUUUGCCAAGCAGAAUAUCGCAGCAUGGCCUCUACCAUUAGCAAGCUCCAAUGGAUCUCUUACCUGCUCCAUGACCUCCAUAUCCCUGUUUCACUCCCGAUCCCAUUCCGGUGUGACAACAAGGCUGCUCUUCACAUCACUGCCUACCUGAUUUUCCACGAAUGCACCAAACACCUGGAGAUCGACUGCCAACUCGUUCAGGAUCAAUACAAACUUUGUUUCAUUGCACCAUCACACAUUCCUGGAUCUGCUCAGGUCGCUGACCUCCUCACUAAAUCCCUCACUGCUGCGGACUUUGCUCGUAUCCUUCCUAAGCUGGGCCUCUCUUCCUCGGCUCCAUCUUGA